AUGCAGGCACUUAAAGAAAACACAUUUGGAGCGCAGGAUGCAGAACGUGGGGCAAGAAAGGGGCUGCAUCCCUGGCCCCACGCAUCUCAGAGCCACCUCUCAUCACAGUUCAACGUGGCUGACCUGCAGAAGGAGCUGGAAAAGAGCCAGAGCAUGUUCCCAGAGAACCCUUCAGUCUGGGUGAAGGACCUGGCCGGCUGCCUCAACUACAAGCUGCAGGCUCCCAAGAGUGACCCGGCACUCAGCCAGCACACCCACGAUUAUCCUUACUGUCUCGUGAGUAAAGAGCUGAAGAAUGCCAUCAGAUCCCUGCUGGGAAAAUCUUCUGGUGUGCUGGAACUCUUCUUCGAUCACUUAAUUUAUACCAUGCUGCAGGAACUGGACAAGACCCCCGGGGAGUCUUUACACGGUUACAGGAUUUGCAUCCAGGCCGUGCUGCUGGAACGGCCUAAAAUUGCCACCGCCAACCUGGGCAAGUACCUGGAGCUGCUGCGCUCACAUCAAAACCGGCCGGCCAAGUGCCUGACCAUCCUGUGGGCUCUGGGGCAGGCUGGCUUCACUGAUCUGGCCGAGGGCUUGAGAGUCUGGCUUGGCGUGAUGCUCCCUGUGCUUGGCAUCAAGGCACUUUCCCCAUAUGCUGUCUCCUACCUGGACCGCCUGCUGACGAUGCACCCAAAUCUGACCAAAGGCUUUGGCAUGAUUGGACCCAAGGAUUUCUUUCCCCUCCUGGACUUUGCCUUCAUGCCCAACAAUUCGCUGUCACCUAGCCUGCAGGAGCAGCUGCGGCGGCUGUACCCACGCCUGAAGGUGCUGGCGCUGGGCGCAAGGCCAGAGACAACGCUGCACACUUACUUCCCCUCCUUCCUGUCCCGAGCCACACCGAGCUGCCCGCCUGCCAUGAGGAAGGAGCUCCUGACCUCUAUGAGCCAGUGCCUGAGCGUGGACCCGCUGAGCUUCAGCGUCUGGAGGCAGCUCUACACCAAGCACCUCUCCCAGUCCAGCUUGCUCCUGAACCAUCUGCUGGAGUCCUGGGACAACGGCAGCAAGAAGGCACGCCAGGCCCUGCAGGAGACCGUUCGCUCCUUCAAGGUGACCAACGAGGAGCUGGUUGCGAAGGGACCUGGCAGCCAGCAGGAUGUGGCUGCGUGUGACACUGCCUGCAAGCUGCUGCUGCAGAAGAUGAAGGGCCGGGGCUUCCCCUGGUCCCGCCUGCUGCUCAUCCUGCUGGUGUUCGCCGCCGGUUUCCUCAUACACGACAUUCAGACACACGGCUCUCUGCAGGCCUCCACCUCUGCCCAUGUGCUCCGUUCCUCCGGCAUCCUGCCCGCCUGGCAGCACGCCUGGCACAAAGCGACCCACUUCUCACUGGAGGGCUACAGGUGGUUGGAGAGGACGCUGCCCGCCUGCUGCUCCCGUGCCGCGGCUCUCCUGCAGCCCACGCUGCAGCCGCUCUGGGCGAAGGCGGCCGAGCUGACCCUGCACAUCAGCAAGCAGUGCUCCGCCAUCCUCUCCUGGGUUGGGGAGCGCCUGCCCUGGCUGCUGGAAUGGCUCCAGUCCCGGGUCCCCGAAGCUGUUCUGCACAUCGCUGAGUGCAUGCGGGAGCUGCUGCUCUUCCUGCUGCGGAGCUGCCUGCUGCCGCUGCUGGAGCACGUGGCUGCUGCGCUGCAGCAGGGAUGGAAGCACUGCGUGGACGCCUGCAAUGGAGAAGUGUCGUGGGACUGCGUGAGGGAGCACUUGAGCAGCUUUACCUAUUCCUCCUGGAUCUACCUGCAGAACACAACCCUCGCCCUCAAGAACUGGGCCCUGGCCAUGAUUUCUGGACAUUGAGCUGCUCUCGGGUUGGGGGAUGCAGUGCAGCUGCCCCUGCUGCUGCUGCUGCCACCAGGGUUUCCGCCCCCCCCCCCCGUCCCUGUGGGGUCACUGUGGGUGUCCUGGUGACAUGCAGUCGUGUGUCACUGGGUGUCCUCAGCCUGCGGGGUGAGGGUGUUGGGAUGUUUUCUCCCCGACCCGGGGCAAUGAAUGAGCUCUGCACUUCU